GCUCCCAGUCCCAUGUGUUUCAGGGAUUCUCUUUGGUUUUCUCGGCUGUGGUUGUACACCUGGCUAAGAAAAAGGGUGUAUACGGACAUUUGGACACUUCAAAGGGUUUGAGUUUCAAGGAAGGAGUGUUGGGCUGUCUUCAUCUCCUGUUUUCUCUCUUCAUGGUGGUCUAGUUUGGUUGGGAGCUCCAUUAACUGCUCACAUCAACCUUAUUCUCCUCCGAUUUUCAGUUGAUAUCUAUGGCUCAUGAUGGAAAACAUAAAUAUGGAGAUUCUCUUCCUUCUCGCAAAAGACCCAGAUUGCAAAACCCUCCGCUCACUCAAGCAACCAACAGCCUCGAUCUCAUUAGCCAGUUACCUGAUGAAUGCAUGUUCGGGAUCUUCAGCUUCCUCCCAUCCUCUAGAGACCGAUGCUCAUGCGCGGCCGUCUCAAAGAAAUGGCUCGUCUUACAAACCAAAAUGCGGAUCUCUGAUUUCAAAUCCAACACUCCAACUCUACAACCACAUCACAAAAGAACGUCUCGGUGCUUGGAAGGGAAGAAGGCAAAUGACAUAAGACUAGCUGCAAUAGCUGUCGGAAUCUGCCCUCGAGGAGGGCUCACGGAGCUUUCCAUUAGGGGAAGCUUCCCUUCCCAAGGGAUCACUGAUUUCGGACUUAAGGUCAUAGCCCAAGCAUGCCCAGGUCUAAUAUCUCUCACUGUUUGGGAUUGUCUUAAGGUUGGAAAUGCAGGAUUUCAAUCAAUUGCACAAGGUUGCAAUUCACUAGCGAAACUCGAUGUGCUUAAUUUGCCAUUGAUCGACGAUGAAGGUCUCAUCGCCAUUGCUAAAAACUGCUUGAGUUUAUCGACGUUGAAUCUAGAUUCAUGCCCAUUGAUCAGCAAUGCGUCACUCCACACAUUCGCCGGAUACUCUUCCAAGCUCGAAUCAAUCUCCUUAAUCAAAUGCCCACUUCUCAAUGAUGAUGGGAUUAUUUCAAUCAUUUCAGGCUUGCACAAGUUGGCAACGCUCAAGCUUGCAUCUGUAACAGUUAGAGAAGGUGCUUUGGAAGCAAUUGGAAGGAAUGCAAGCUCUCUUAGAAGCUUGUCUCUAGAGAACCUUUCAGGCAUUCGCGAAAUGGGUUUUUGCUCAAUGAAAAGAUUGGAUAAGGUAGAGUUUAUUUCCACGAAUGCAUGUUCUAGACUGAGUGGUACGGGCUUCAAGGCCGUUGGAAAUCGAUUUGUCGGAUUGAAGGUGAUAUCUAUUAGAAACUGGAGGACGUUAACUGACAUGGGUCUAAAAGAGCUAGCAGAAUCAGCUGCAUUGCUAGAGAGUCUCAAGCUAGUAGAAUGCAACCAUGUUACAUCAGUUGGGUUGAUGGAAAUCUUCAUGAGUUGCAGCAAGAGACUCAAGGUGUUGUCUUUGGUGAAGUGUAAAGGGAUAGAAGACAAAAACCCUUCAAACCCUAGGAGAGCACAUCUCCCAGAAUGCCCUUCCUUACACUCCCUAACUAUCAACAGAUGUGUUGGGGUAGGAGACUCUUUCUUAUCAUGGCUAGGAAGCGCAUGUGCUCAGGUUAAGCACCUUGAGCUCAUUGGGCUAACUUCAAUCACUGAUGGAGGGGUCAUGUCCCUUUUGAAGGGCUUUGAGGCCCAAAACAAGGCCAUGGUUAGUGUAGAUUUAAGUGGGUGUUUUCGUCUAACUGAUUGGAGUGUCUUGGCCAUAACAAGUGCAUUUGGGCAGAAGUUGAAGUCAUUGAGAUUGGACGGUUGUGAUGGUCUGAGUGAUAAAAGCUUGAAGUUGAUUGGCGGGCAUUGCCCUUGCUUGGUAGAACUACAACUUUCAAUGUGUCGGAUUAGUGAUGAUGGUAUGUUUUACUUAGCAAGAUCAAAGCAUCAGUGCAUAGAGGUGUUGUCUCUAUCUGGUUGUAUGGGGAUCACAGACAAGAGCUUGGGUUUCAUCGAGAUGAUGUGUGGGAGUUUGAUUGGCUUGAAUGUCAAACAGUGCCCUGGUCUAACUAAGAGAGGCAUUGAGUCACUUAGAGAGACUCUUUGGUGGUGUGAUCUGCUGUACUAGACCUUAUAAAUAUAUAUGGGCUUCCUUUUUUUUUUUUUUUUUUUUCCCUUUUCUAAUGACAAGUGUAUUGGAUGGUGGUCAUGGGACACGCACAUGGGCAUGUGUUCAUGACCUUGGCAGA